AGCGAUCUUUGCUGCGAGCGUAACAGGAAGUGAAGUGGCGAAGCCCGGGAGAAACUCGCUUGUCUGCAGUUCCCGAUCGCCGAUUCUGACCACUUUUCACGCUUUUGCUUUGGGCUCCGCUGUGCUCCAGAGUCAGCGACGACCACCGGCGAUCCCGCGGGCCCGACGUGCCAUGAGAUGAACGGCGCCCGUAAACGUUGACUUCCGCACCGAUGGAAGCCAUGGAGGUGGACCCCCUGCAGCACAGCGCCACUGCCCCCGCCACCCCCACCGGCAUCCCCGCCGUCGCCCCUGCCGACGCCCCCCUCAUCAUCUCUGACUCGGGCAGCAGCACUGAAGUGGAUGAGGAUGACGACACGGGCGGCGGCGAGGGGGGAGGAGCCCGGGUGGUGGUCCCACUCACCCUUCCCGCCCCCUGGGCCUUCAGUCAGAGGAGGAGGGGUCGAGGCGGCUCCGCCACACAGUCGCCACGCGUGCGGAGGCGGGUUAGGCAGGGCUUCCGGGUGCACUACCCCAGCCAAACGGCGGCGCCCCCCAGAGGCUUCCCUGACUUUGUCCUGCGAGCCCCCGCGGCGGCGGGCCCCCACCGGCCGUCCAGCAGCACCGAGGCCAGCGAGUCCGAUGAGGAGGGGGAGGCGGCUGCGGCUGCCGUCCAACAGGCCCCGCCCACUCACGACAGCCAUGACGAUAAUGCGCGAGUGCAUGAAGGUGCUGCUGCUGCGCCGCCUGCUCCAGACAGCCAGAAAGAAGGACACGAUGGACCGACUGGCGUACAGCCGCCGGCGUCCCAAAGCGAGGAGGGCGAGGGCGACACGUGCAGCAUCUGCUUCGAAGCGUGGACGGCGGCGGGCGAGCAUCGCGUGGCCGCUCUCCGCUGCGGACAUCUUUUCGGCUUCACCUGCAUCCAGAGAUGGUUGGCGUCUCAGCGCUCCGCCGCCAAAUGUCCGCAGUGCAACAAGAAGGCCAAGCGCUCCGACAUCGUGCUGCUCUACGCCCCCAAGCUGAGGGCCAUGGACAACAGCGCGCACGAGAGCCUCAAGAGGUCUCUGGAGGAGGAGCAGUCCCGGAGGAGGAAGGCCGAGCUGGAAUCGGCGCAGUACAAACUCAAGCUUCAGGCCAUCUCCAACAAGUACGGUCAAGCUCAACAGGAACUGCAGGAGAUGAGAGCUCAGAUAGUUCAAGCCGGCGGGCGGUGCGCCGGCGGCGCCUCGUCGUCCCCGUCUCCUGGGGGCGCGCAGCUCACGGCGCCGUACAAUUUCCACGACGCCGUGCUGGUGUCCGCCGGCGGGGGCUGCAGGGUUUUGGCCCACUGCCAAUCGCUCAACUGUCUGCUGGCGUCGCAGCCGUCGGCGCACGCCGCGCUCCUGCCCGGCUGGGGCGUGAAGAAGGUGAGCCUGGCCCACAUCAGGUCCAGCCAGUACAUUCCCAUCCACGGCGCUCAAAUUCGAGCCUUGUGCUUCAACCGGCAGAACGACGGGCUGCUGCUCUCCGCAUCGCUGGACAACACCCUCAAACUCACCAGCCUGCCGGCCAACGCGGUGGUUCAGACGUACAACGCGGGCAAGCCGGUGUGGAGCUGCUGCUGGUGCGCCGACAAGCCCAAUUACGUCUACGCGGGUCUCAGCAACGGCUCCGUUCUGCUUUACGACAUCCGAGACACCGGCGCACACGUGCAGGAGUUCCAGCCGCUGCGCUCCAGGGCCCCGGUGGCGUCGCUGUGCUACAUCCCGCGCGCGGCGUCCAGCUCGUUCCCGUGCGGCGGGCUGAUCGCCGGCACGCUGGAGGGCGGCUACUUCUGGGAGCGGCUGGACGAGAGCACGUACAAGCCGCACGUCCUGCCGCUGGAGGCGGGAAGCUGCACCGACAUCCAGGUGGAGACGGAGAGCCGACAUUGCCUGGUCACGUACCGAGCCGGCCGGCUCCACCCGACGGUGCGCUGCGUCCUGAUGGCGCUGACCCGGACUCCGCAGCGGGACGACGGCGAGCCGCCCGGCUGCUCCUGCUCGCCCGUGCAUACCUUCAACGCCGGCUCGUCCUGCAAACUCCUCACCAAGAACGCCGUCUUUGCCGGUCCGCACGGAGGCGGCGCCCUGGUGUGCGCCGGAGACGAGGCCACGCAGUCCGCCAUGGUGUGGGAGGCGUCCAGCGGCGCUCUCCUCCAGAGGCUACCGGCCGACCUCCCCGUACUGGACAUCGCGCCGUUCGCCAUCGACGGCGAGCACUUCCUGGCCACGCUGACGGAAAAGAUGCUGAAGCUCUACAAGUGGAAGUGAAAAGGGCGCCCGGGCGUGAGCGCCAAUCGCGAGUGGAGGCGGCGCCCGGGUCGACUUUCUUCAUCAUGUUGGGUGUUUGGACACAAUCCCGGGAUGUUUUUAACGCCAGGGAAGACGCUUUCGGGGCCUUUCGGCACGUCGAAAGCGGCCUGGUUUCUCGGCAGCGGCGCAAAGUGCUCGUGGACCGUUUGUAGGAGGAGCCACGCGACCACAGAUGCUCCGAAUCAAGACAACAAAAGCAACCUUUGGCCUACUUUUUCACAUUCGUGUACAGUUUGUAUGAUGACCGAGGAUUGUUUUAUAUGCGUCAUGACGUUAUUUCUCUUUCAAUAAUA